AUGGAGAAUAGGAUGAUAAUCAACAAUAUGAAUUUGGCUAUUAAUAACAUUAAUUCAAUGAAAUCAUCAUUGAUGCAGCGUAUUAGUUCCUAUGCUUCCAUCACCAAUAGCAUCAACAAUAAUAGCAAUCAAUUGACAGAUAAUCAAGAAGAAGAGUCAUAUCAUUAUAUAAUGGAAUUGUCACACAGCCUUACACUGAAUGAGGAGGCUUACAAUCAAAUUCCACCAGAAAAGAGGCCCGUCUUUGUCUUUGAAUGGCUGAGAUUUUUAGAGAAGGUCUUGGUCAAUGCCAACAAAGCUGAUAUAAAAGGAUGUCAAAAGAAAUUGGUUGAGCAGCUAACUGCUCACAUGCAGAACUCGCCGGGACCGCCAACAAGAAAAUUAAUCGCAAGAUGUUUGGCAACGUUAUUCUCAGUCGGUGAUACGUAUCUAUUGUUUGAAACUGUCAAUAAAUGUAAUGACAUAUUGAAGAAUAAGGAUGACUCGCCAAGUUUCCUGUCAACAAAGUUAGCUUCCGUGAGCGUUGUCGGAGCAAUGUACGCGCAACUAGGUCGAAUGAUGGGAAGGUCAUACGAAGAGACUGUCCAAAUUCUCUUAAAGUCACUCCGAAAUGGCGAGUCUCAAAUGAGAAUAGAAAUUUUAAUAACAUUAGAGAAAGUUUGCGCUGGUAUGGGAAAUGCAAUAUCGAAUGUCCACAAAGAGAUUUAUAAAUGUGUACGUGUAUGCUUAUCGGAUCGUGUGAUGACUGUUCGUGUGGCUGCCUCAAAUUGUUUACUCGAAAUGCUCAAACAUGCACCGUUCUUGUUUACCGUCGAAUUGGAAUCGAUGGCAUCAUUGUGUUUUCGUGGAUUUGAAGGAUCAACUUAUGAAGUUCGAUGUGCCAUUGCUCAAUUACUUGGUAAUUUAAUAGCACAAACACAAUUACAUCAACAGACAACGGGAAAGAAUCCAAUGAUGAAUCAAUCGAUGACGUCAUCAUCAUCAGCUGGAAAAUUGAGGCUUACAUCUUUAGAUGAAGCUCUUGGAUUUUUAAUGUCAGGAUUUUUACGUGGCGGUGCAUCGUUCCUUAAGGGAACUGGCGAAAUGAUUAAAGGAUCAUCUGGAACAAAUCGUGAAGUUCGUGUUGGUGUUACACAUGGAUAUGUUGUAUUUGUCGAAACAAUGGGCUCAGUAUGGCUCGAGAGGAAUAUGCAAACAUUUUUAAUACACGUGCUGGAUUUAGUCGCUAAUCCAAAAGCCGCAUCAUCUCAUGUCGAAUCUGUUUACUCAAGAAAAUGCAUAAAUUUCAUUUUACGAUCCGUUGUUGGCAAAAUGUUGGGCGAGAAGGCACAAUCAAGUGCAUGCAAGGAAUUGAUUCAUAUCAUUGCCAAACAAAUGAAUUCAAUUGAUUUUAAUCCAGAGAAUGCAAAGGAUGCAAAUCAAGAAACAUUAUUUAGUCAACAUCUGCUCGUCUGUGCUUUACAGGAAUUGGGAAGUUUAACAUUAGGAUUGGGAACAACAGCACAAAAUUUACUUUCAGAUCAGUCAUUAAAUUUCAUUGAUGCUGUUUGUGCUGUUUUAGUACAUCCAUGUCUUGCUGCACGAUUGGCAGCUGCUUGGUGUCUUAGAUGUGUCUGUGUUGCUGUUCCAAGUCAAAUUACUCCAUUAAUUGAUAGAUUUUUGGAAGCAAUUGAGAAGAUGAGAUCCUCACCAGAUGCUGUGUCAGGAUAUUGUGGAGCAUUAGCUGCAGUCGUUGGAAGUGUACGAUACUCACCGCUCGGAAUUCCACAUACAAAAGGAAAAAUAAUUUUCAAUACAGCUGAAGAACUUUUAAGAACAGCUAGUCAAAACUCACGAUUAAGUCUGAAUCGUACGCAAAGUGGAUGGUUACUUAUUGGCUCAAUUAUGUCACUCGGUAAUUCAGUUGUUAAAGGCUUAUUGCCAAGAAUGUUGCUGUUAUGGAGAAAUGCAUUUCCAAGGUCAACAAAAGAACUUGAAUCGGAAAAGGCUCGAGGUGAUGCAUUUACAUGGCAAGUUACAUUGGAAGGAAGGGCAGGUGCAUUGUCUGCUAUGCAUAGUUUCGUACAGAAUUGUCAGGAAUUGGUCACUGACGAUAUAAUAAGGAGAUUGCUGACUCCAGUUGAGAGCUGUUUGGCGAUGCUUGUUAACAUCGCGCCAAUCGUGAAAAGCUACAGUCAGCAUUUGAAGGCACCGUCGGCAAUGGUACGAUUAAGACUAUACGAGACUUUAUCAUUGCUUCCAUCAAAUUCCCUUGAAUCUUCCUAUACUCAUCUUCUGAGAAUGCUUGUAUCAGAAUUUACGUUAACUGAAAAUCCAGCAAAUACAACAACGUCAUUGUUAAGAGACAUGUGUAAUGCACAAGAUUCUAUCAUUUUGGGAACGUGGCUUCAAGAGACAGAACAUAGAGCUAUUGAGGAUCAAAUGGAACCAAAUAGAAAAGCUGAUGAUCAUCUACAACCUAAUAGCGCAAGCGGAUCUGGAGCUCUUGAGCACGAUCCUUGCUGUCUUUAUCGUCCACUUCCUAAAUUCGAACAAUGUCCAGGACCACUUCCAUUGGGAGUUACAGUUAUCGAUAUGAGUGCCACAUUAUUUGGCAAUAUAUUCUCACGUGUAUCCAAUAAGCAUCGUCUUCAAAUGUUGGAACAUUUCAGUGAAUGUAUAAAGCAUGCAAAGAGUCAACGACAAGAGGCUGUUCAAAUGAACAUUUUUACUGCUUUACUUUGUGGAUUAAAAGGACUUACAGACAGUAAAAGUUCUAUUGGACUUGAUGAUGUAAAGAAAUCAGCAACAAGCUUGAUUAUUAAUGCUCUCGUGAGUACGAAUCCAAUUUUGAGAUGUUCAGCUGGUGAGGCAUUGGGAAGAAUUGCACAAGUUGUUGGCGAUUCAAGAUUUACAGCAGAACUGGCACAGACAAGCUUCGAUAAAUUGAAAUCAGCACGCGAUGUUGUGACCAGAACUGGACAUUCAUUAGCCCUUGGAUGUCUACAUCGUUAUGUUGGUGGAAUGGGAUCGUCACAGCAUUUAAACACAAGUGUAUCAAUUUUAUUAGCAUUAGCACAAGAUGGAUCAUCUCCAGUCGUUCAAGUAUGGUCAUUAUAUGCUUUAUCAUUAAUUAUUGAUUCUGGUGGUCCAAUGUUUCGUGGAUAUGUCGAGCCUGCAUUAUCAUUAGGACUGAAAUUACUCUUGUCAGUCUCACAUUCUCAUGUUGAUGUCCAUCAAUGUAUUGGACGAAUGUUGGCAGCUUUAAUCACAACAAUUGGACCCGAACUUCAAGGAAAUGCAACAUCAAUUUGUUCUAUUAGAUCAAACUUCCUUUGUGCUUGUGCAUUAAUGCAAGCUCAUCCAGAUCCACUCGUUCAAGCUGAAGCAACUGGUUGUUUACAGCAGAUUCAUCUCUUUGCGCCACGUCAUGUCAAUUUAUCAUCACUCGUACCGACUUUAUGUCGUACAUUAUCUAGUAAUUAUUUGAUGCUUCGUAAAGCAGCUAUUGCAUGUUUACGUCAAUUGACAACGAGAGAAGCAAAGGAAGUAACAGAACAUGCUAUUUCUAUUUUUGCUGACGACGAUGGUCUAUUGUCUGAAUACGGUUUAAUGGGCAUGUUAUUUGGAAUGUUGGAUACUGAAUCUGAUUCGGAAAUGAUUAAAAAUAUCCAUGAUACAAUUACGUCGAUGCUACAAAUGCUAGCUGCCGAUAAUUUAUCUCAAUGGUUGAGCAUGUGUAAGAGAGUAUUAACUGUGGCUUUGGAAAGUGAUUUAGCUGGAGCUGAACCAUCGAAAGAUGCUGACGGUGACGAAGAUGAUGAUAAUGCUGAAUUUCAUACAGAUGAACCAACACAGACACAUCCAGCUGUACAACCAAGAUGGAAAACUAGAGUUUAUGCAGCAGAAUGUGUCAGGAAAAUCAUCACAACAUGUGAACAGGCUAGUCCUAAACAUUUUGACUUGAUGGCUGCAAAGGAUUUAAAUAGUCGCGGUGAUUUCCUCGUCUUGCAUCUCUCUGACUUAAUAAGGAUGUCAUUUAUGGCGGCAACAAGUGAUUCUGAUCAAUUGAGACUCGAAGGAUUGAAAACUUUACAGGAAAUAAUUGACAAGUUCGCAAGAGUUCCAGAACCUGAAUUUCCAGGACAUUUAUUGCUCGAACAAUUUCAAGCUCAAGUUGGAGCUGCUUUAAGGCCAGCAUUUGCUAAUGAAACUCCAUCACACGUUACAGCAGCAGCUUGUGAAGUUUGUAGUGCAUGGAUUGGAUCGGGUGUCGCUAGAGAUUUGAAUGAUUUACGUCGUGUCCAUCAACUUUUGGUACAAAGUUUAAGUAAGCUACAAACAAAGACAGUCUCAACUCAAUUAUAUAACGAAAGUAUGGCGACAUUAGAGAAACUCAGUAUUUUAAAGGCAUGGGCUCAGGUCUAUAUUGUCGCUAUGAUCAGUAAUGGCACAUCACCUUCAAAUUUGGUUCUUAAGAAACUUAAAAGUAUUCCAAAUUCCUUCAAUACACCGUCUGAUGAUGAAAUGUUUGAUGAAUAUGAGCAACGUGGUGAAAGUUUGUUGUCUCUCGUUCAACCUGAACUUGAGAAUUUAUCAAGGAAUUGGCUAGCAGCAUUAAGAGAUUAUGCAUUACUUUCACUUCCACCAGAAUACAAUAGUCAAUUGCCACAUGAUGGCGGAGCAUUUUAUACACCUGACACAAUCAUCAGCUCAAAGCCACAUUAUCAAAGUUCAUGGCCACAAAUUCUAUAUGCGUCAGCAUUGUGGCUUAAUGCCGGUGGAUUUGAGAGUGGAUUAAAGCCAAAUACAUCAGAUCUUGAGAAUAGCGAGAAUGUCAAGACACAGACGAUAUCUCAUGGCAGUUUAAGUGCUGAUAGAUUUUAUCUAAUGUUUGGAAUUUGUAUGGAAUCGCUGUGCUCAACAAGAUCAAAUGAGAAGCUUGAUUGUGUCAUUGCAUGUCUACAGUCACUAUAUACAAUCUUUGAUUCUAAAUGGGCACGAAAAACGAUGGCAAAUACAAAGGAAUUGCUUGUUGAGUUAUCGAAUGUAUUGUAUAGGCAAAUUUUGACAAGAGACAGUCUCGAGGUUCAAUUGUUGUCUAUUGAGAUUGUCAAGCAGUCAAUUAUGAUUGCAAAAGAGUCACUUGAUGCCAAAGCGAGGGAUCCAAACGGAAAUGAUAUUGAUGAGGAAGGAAAUCAUAUCGAGAAUGCAGAAGACAAUAGAAAUGAGGACAAAAAGGAGGAAAUUGAAGAAGAAUCAAAGCCCGAGCAUGAAAUAACGCCAGGACGAUCACAUAGCUAUGCUGUAUUGGAAGUGAUUUUAUGUCUUCUCGCUCGUUAUUGCCCGGAAUUGAAUCCAUCACAAACAACACGUCUAACGAAUGAUAAAUUGAUGUCAAGUUUAUGUACGAAUGGAAAUUAUAAACUGAACGAUGACAGUAAUAUGCUUGUAGCAUCAGCAUUACAGGCACUUGAAGAUCUUCCACGUUUAUGUACGGCAGAAGGUGCUGUGAAAAUUCUACCUACAAUUUUAUACCUUACAACCGGUGUCAUUCAACAAAUGUCAAUGAAAUCCAUCCACGACAAUACAAUAUUGGCAAAUUGUGCAUCAAUGCAAGCCUCAUUGCAUCUUCUAAAGUCACUGACCACAGACAAGUAUGCAACUGACGAAAAAUCUAUGGAUGAAUGGCGAAACUACCUGGAAAGUGCAUUAUCGAAAAUAAUUGACCUAACCAAGACGGGAAUUGAUGAUGAUAAGAAAAUGGAUGAAGUGACUGUCAUGUUAGCUAUUGCUGUAUUUAUCCUCCAUACACCGAAAAUUGUCAUGCUCCCUAAUUUCCAAUAUCCAUCAAUCAAUCUCUUCCGACAAUGCUUCCAAAAUGACUCAAACUUGAUUCGCUUAAAAUGCGUCCAAACGAUUCGAUCGAUAUUUAUUAAUGCUGAUUUGAAGGUUGCCACGCCAUAUAUUCAUGCAUUAGCACCGAGAAUUAUUGAGAAUCUUUAUGCUGAAAGUACGAAAAUGCCAAAGGAUGAGAUUGAAUUAGCAUUAACAUUUGAGAGUAUUACGACAGUUGAUUCCUUGAUUACGUUGGCUGAACCUCAGAAUAGAAUACAAAUGUUGACAUUACUGGUGCCAAUCUUAAUUAGCUUCUUAUUGGAAGGGAAUCAAUUGAGAUCUGCAACAAAAUUCACAAUCCAAUUGCACGAGCAGAGUCUUCAGUGGUUGAUGAAAAUUGGACCCAAAUAUCCUCAGCAAUUCAAAACACUCAUGGGACAAGCGCCAGAAUUACGUAGUAAAUUGGAAGCAGCCAUAAGAAGUAGUCAACAGCAGGCAGCAAAUAUUCAAAAGGCAAACACAGAGACAAAAGAGAACAAAACAGUUGUGACACAGGCACCACAGCCAACUAUAAAAUUGAAGACAGAUUUUAGUAAUUUUUCAUAGAAUGUUGAGACAGGACUGAAACUAAUCAUGUUAAGGAAGUGAGAAGUUGAUUGAAUUGAUAAAAGAAAAUUAUUUAACAUAAAAUGAAGUUUUAUCGUAGGUUCUAAUAAUGAGUUUCCCAAUUUAGUGUUCCAAGUUAAGAACUUUUAUUUUUCUAAUUAAAAGAAAAUGUUUCUGAAAAUUAAUUAUAGAAAGAUUAAUGAAGUAUUUGAGUUGUUAAUGAAUUUAAUUAAUUUUUUAUUUUGAAUUGUAUUGCAUUUAGAGGGCAAAUAUUAAUAAAAAAUUAAUAAUGGA